AUGGCGACUCUCCGAACAUUUCAAAGCGAAAUCGAAGAAAUUCACCACCGAGAAGUCGUGAAGCAGCGCGUUCAAGCUCUAGUUGACAAAGAGAAGGAAAAAUCGAAAGGCAAGGCGAAGGAAGAUUCAACUCUGGCGUCACCUACAGAGUCCAAGAAAGGAGCAACAACUGGUCCCGAAGGCCCUGCUUUACAGGAAGUCAAGGAACAGAUACUGUCCCUGUUACUUUCUGAGAACCAGGCUGACCAUGAUCGUGCCCGCGAUCUGGUUGCUUCACUAUUAAUGCAGCAUAAUGGCGAAUAUGUGCUGCGAAUAGGACAGCAGCCUCCUCGUGCAGAGCUCUUUUCUGGCGAGCUUACCGAGUCGACGGCAGGAUGGACCGGCCUCGAACGAACCGUGAGGGACAUAGAAACCCUUCGCAAAAGGAUUACCAAGUCUGUGGAGGAAGUCGGAGGGAAGAUGUCGACAUUAUUUGAAGUUAAAAGUGGCCAUCCUCGAGUUUCAUUACUUCUGAGAUUACCUCCUCCCAACGUUUCGUUGACUCCCGAAGUUCGAUGUGCUGUGGUUGGUAACGUCGAUAGCGGAAAGUCGACAACAUUAGGAGUGCUGACCAGAGGGGCUCUUGAUGACGGCAGAGGCCGGGCUCGCGUUGGCCUAUUCCGUCACAAACAUGAGUUAGAGACAGGUCGAACAUCCAGUGUCGGAAUGGAGAUCUUGGGUUUUGGUCCUUCUGGUGCUCCGAUAUUGCCUAACACCGCCCAUUCAACCGAUCCGGAUGUUAUACGGAGAGAGAAGAUGGGAUGGGAGGAAAUAUCAUUACAAGCCGCCAAGAUCGUCUCUUUCACUGACCUCGCCGGACACGAGCGCUACUUGAAAACCACGCUCUACGGUCUUACUUCUGGAGCACCAUCCUGCGUCGUUCUCAUGGUGGGCGGCAAUGCUGGGCUGAUAGGAAUGUCGAAGGAACAUCUUGCGAUUGCCCUAGCUCUGAGCGUUCCUGUGGUGGUUUGUAUCACCAAGAUUGACAUGACCCCUCCAAAUGUUCUCGCAGAGACGGUAAAGCAGGUUGUCAAAAUUCUCAAGAGCCCAGGCUGCCGGAAAACUCCAGUCUUUGUGAAAUCGUUAGAGGUUGCCAUCGAAAUGGCGACCUCCUUUGGGACCGAAAAACUCUGUCCGAUUUUUCAGAUUUCAAAUGUCACCGGCCAAGGAUUGGACUUCGUCCGAACAUUCCUUAACCUGCUACCUUCUAGUGAGAGAGAUGCAGAGAAAUUCGCUGUCGAUCAACCUCUCGAGUACUCCAUCACAGAGGUUUGGUCUGUUCCAUACGUCGGAACUGUUGUGAAUGGAAUCUUGAAUUCUGGGACUAUAAAAGCGGGCGAUGCUGUUAUGUUAGGCCCAGACUCAAAUGGGAACUACCAGACCACCGUGGUCAAAAGCAUCCAGAGGAAGAGAGCGGAUGUAGGACGCGCAGAAGCAGGCCAGUGUGUAUCAUUAGCGCUGAAGAGAAUCCGUCGCGCAGCGGUGAGGAAGGGCAUGGUUCUCGUGACGAAAACGGACACUCCUCCCCGAGCCAUCCGACAGUUCGAAGGCCAAGUGUUGAUCCUCUACCAUAAUACAACUUUGCAGAAAAACUAUCAAGCUAUGCUGCACUGCGGAGCCGUCCGCCAGACCGUUCGAAUAGUUGGAAUGGAUCAUCCCCAAGGCAUCUUGAGAACAGGCGAUCGCGCCACAGUCCAGUUCGAGUUCAUUUCUCAUCCCGAGUUUGUCAAAGAGGGCAUGAAGCUAUUGUUCCGUGAGGGAAAGACGAAGGGUCUAGGAGUCAUCACGAAAUUGCUAUGA